AUACACGCUUUUACUAAUGAAUUAUUGUGGAAAUUAUUUUUCUAUUCUUGAUUUAUGCUGAGAAAUUAAAUCUUUGUAAUAAGUUUAUACAAUUAUAACUUGAUACAAUUCUCUCCUUUAUUAUAAAUAUAAAGCAAUAGCUUGCAUGUGUUUAUUAUUGAAGCCCAAUUAAUGGCUGAAUGCACAUGAUUCUAUUUAAUUCAUGAACGAUUUGACAAUUUAUUGAGGUAUCUUUAUUCAAAAAAGUAUAAUAUAUAUUGCAUGAUAGCUUUUUUCCAAUAAAGCCGUGAAGUCAACAUUUAAAGUUCAAAAAUUGAAGAACAGAAGGUUUAUUAAUGAGUGCAUUACAAAAUUUGAAAUAUUUUCAAUAACUUUAUAUUGCAACUAGCAGGUAGCCUUCUUAACUCUGCAAUGAUCUAAAUGAGAUCUUGAUAGAAUUUGAGAAUUUAGUUAUUGUUCUCAGUAAGUUAAUAAUCCAUACCAUAUGUGAAAUUCGAGUUGAUCUGGCAUUUCUGGAUGAUAUAAGAUUUCUAACCAUACAUGAAUAAUAAUGGGAUGGGCACGUUAUCGGAUAGGCACAUUAAACUGUCGGUCCCGGCUGAAGUAUGAUAGUUGUAAGGCCCAUUGAUAGCUCAAAUUAUAUAUUCAGGCAGUGGGACCUUCCCGCAAGGGAUUCCCCACCAACAAAAGCCAUACGAAUUUACUUUACUAUGAAUAAUAAUAAACGCAAUUUUCUCCUUUAUUCAUUGAGUGAUAGCUUGCUUGUACUUUUAUUUAAUGGAUAGCUCAAUGUGCAUGAUUCUAUUGAAUUCAUGAAUGAUUCACAAUUUAUUGAGGUAUCUUCAUUUAAAAAAGUAUAAUAUAUUUUGUACAAUAGCUUUUGUAAUGAAGCCUUGGAGUUAGCAUUCAGAGUUGAAACAUUGAAAAGCAGAGGAUCUAUUACAGCAUUAAUGUUAUAUGAAAUUCAGAGACUCAUGCUAUACCAAAUAGAAUUUGUCAGAACCAAUCAUCAUCACAUGCUAACUUUCUCCAACUUCUUCUUUCGUUGUAUAUACAUAUUUCUCAUCCUAUACCCUUUCACUAAAUUUUCUGAAUGAGAUUUACUCGAAUAUGUAAUCUAAUCUAUUUUUUUUUCAAGGUCAUCUUUGCUGAGGUGGUACGUAGCCGUCCGGUAGUGAGCACUUCAUCAACUAACAACACUGUUAGAAUGCUGCCUCAGGAGCUGAUUAACUCCUUUGAAGUUUGGUAUAAUAACCAAUUUCCAAAGUUGGGAGUUAAUCAUCUGACCGCAGCAUCAGACAGAUCACAUCCAACUACGGGCAGCGCCCCCCUACCCUCCCAGCAACAGACUGCAGCAUCAGACAGAUCACAUCCAACUACGAGCUGUGCCCCCUACCCUCCGACAGCGACCGUCCUACAGCAGACGCCUGCAGGACGCCAUCACCAGAGACACAGAUUAUUGACAUGAGCAAAGCUGCACGAUGUCAGCAAACAGCAAACUCUGUGGACGAGUUUGUUGUCCUGGAGGAGGCAUUCAAAUCCUGACUCACGACUCUAUACUACAAUAAUGCAUACAAGGAUGAGCCUGCCAAAGAUUUCCACACCUUUCUGAGCAGUCUGAAGGAUAAAAUUGUUCACAUCAUCAGUCAAAAACUGCAGACACAUGGAGCAAUGAAGUUCAAUCUAGUAUUGGAGGCAACAUAUUUCCGCAGCACCCUUGAUAAGGCCUUCUUCGAACAAAAAGAGUUUCAGAAUGUCGCCUUCAAAACUCCAAACUACUCCAUCUUCAGUAUCAUCAAUCUUCCAGACAUCAUCAACCAAGCAUGCAUGACCCUACUGGAUGAGGAGUCGAAAUUCGAAGGAAAUUCCAGUGGAUGGACUUUGCUUAUCAUCAAUGGAUUGCUCAUCAGAAGUAGACCUCAAUCCAUAACACCAGUCAUCCAACCGCCACCAGUCGCCCCACCAUCGCCACCAGUCGUCCCACUAUCGCCGCCAGUCGUCCCACUAUCGCCACCAGUCACCCCACUAUC